GCAAAGAACACGGCGCCCCCACCGAUGCCAACAGACAUGUCGGCGAUUUGGGUAACGUUACCGCCGAUGCCAACGGCGUGGCUAACGUGAACAUCGAGGACAAACAGUUGGCCCUCACCGGCAAUCAAUCCAUUAUCGGUCGAUCUCUGGUGGUUCACGCGGAUGUCGAUGAUUUGGGUAAAGGCGGACACGAGUUGAGCAAAACUACCGGUAAUGCCGGCGGAAGUGCAGACUCGCCUGUGGUGUCAUUGGACU